GCACAGACGAACAACCGGUAGCGUUGAAAAAAGCUACACAGCCGACCUUUGUUUUAUUUUAUUCUUUUUUGUUGCCAAUUAAACACCUAAACACCAUGCCCUUCGAUGUUAGGAGAUUUGAUAUCUACAGGAAAGUGCCAAAAGAUCUCACCCAGCCAACAUACACAGGAGCUUUCAUAUCCAUCCUCUGCUGUGUCUUCAUCCUCUUCCUUUUCCUGUCUGAGCUGACGGGAUUCAUAGCCACUGAAAUUGUAAAUGAAUUGUAUGUGGAUGAUCCUGAUAAAGACAGUGGUGGGAAGAUAGAAGUGAGUUUAAACAUCAGUUUGCCAAGCUUGCACUGUGAUUUGGUGGGUUUGGACAUCCAGGAUGAGAUGGGCCGCCAUGAGGUCGGUCACAUCGACAACUCCAUGAAGAUUCCUCUGAAUCAGGGCGGGGGUUGUCGCUUUGAGGGAGAAUUCACCAUCAACAAAGUUCCCGGGAACUUUCAUGUGUCAACACACAGCGCUACAGCGCAGCCCCAGAACCCUGACAUGACUCACACCAUCCACAAGCUGGCCUUUGGAGAGAAGUUACAAGUACAAAAAGUCCAAGGAGCUUUUAAUGCUUUAGGAGGCGCAAACAGACUGUCGUCUAAUCCUCUGGCCUCACAUGACUACAUCCUGAAGAUCGUGCCCACCGUGUAUGAAGACCUGUCAGGCAAACAGAGGUUCUCCUACCAGUACACAGUAGCCAACAAGGAAUAUGUUGCUUACAGCCACACGGGCAGGAUUAUUCCAGCAAUCUGGUUCAGAUACGACCUCAGUCCAAUCACGGUCAAAUACACGGAGAGAAGGCAGCCAUUCUAUCGCUUCAUCACAACGAUUUGUGCCAUCGUUGGAGGGACGUUCACCGUCGCAGGAAUCAUCGACUCCUGUAUAUUUACCGCCUCCGAGGCCUGGAAGAAGAUCCAGAUAGGAAAGAUGUCAUGAGGACCGCCUGCUGACCGGCUCACAUCUUAUUUAUAAGCAAGGUUAGCUAGCCUGGUAGCUAAAUCUGGUCCUGAAUGAAACCAAACUUCUCUUUGAGAUCAAUGAGGAGCCUCCAGCACGUGAUCUAACUACCAGGCUGCACGUCUCCUUU